GUGCGCGCGCGAGGGAAAAUUUCGGAAGACGAUCAAGAUGAAGACGACGGCGACGAAGAAGCGGGCGCGGGCGGCGUGGAGGGGUGGCACGGGGCGUACAAACUUUGGAAACCAAAACCGAGGGGGGGCGUCGCGGACGCGGAGGCGGCGAAGCGAUUGAAAGUGCGAGAGCUGUUGCUCAGUCGCGACCCGGGUUUGAACCAGACGUUGAUAUCGUCCGGAACGAGCAUAUCGCAGUUGUUCGAUCAGGAUAAGUGGGAGCGUCAUCGCAUGGUGGAUCGAUUCGUGGUCGAUUUGGUGUCGAUUCCCCAGAGCACGGUGUUCUUGCGCUUGUUCAGACCGUGCGCGGUGCUGGCGGCGUACACCGCCGUGGUCGUGGCAUUUCCGAGCGUGUUGAAGUACGCGUGCGCGUAUUUCAAUUUGGCGUUACCGUUUCCGAACUUUGCCAUGCAGUCUUUGACGCUGCCGGCGUCGGCGCACUCGUUACUGGGCACGCUGUGCGGUUUGGUACUCGUGUUCCGAACAAACUCUAGCUAUGCCCGCUUCGUAGACGGACGCACGGCGUGGGGGUCGCUCAUCAAGCACGCGCGUGAUGUGGCGCGCUUGGCGAUAUACAUUCCCGACAAGAAUCUGCAGAGACGGUUGCUAGAACUGACAACGGCGUACGCGUACGUGCUGAAGACGCGUUUGAGAAGCGGACGCACUCGGUCCGAUCCCACGGAUCCCACGGCGUUCCGAGACAUUCCCGACGAAGCCGUCCGUCGAUGCGUCACCGACCCCGCGCUCGCGGAUGAGGUCUUAGCUUCCGCGAAGACGGGAAAUCGGUGCUUGUACACGCUCAUGCUCAUCUCGAAGACGCUCAAGCUGGCGCUCGAGAAGGGGGCGCCGAGAGAAAUUCAUUGGAAGAUUGAAGAGGCCGUGAGCGGUAUGGGCUUAUCUGGAGGUAUUUGCGAGCGCAUUGUCGCCACGCCGAUCCCCCUGAGCUUCUCGCGUCACUCGGCACGAUCGCUCAUCAUUUGGCUCAUCACGCUCCCGUUCGUGCUCGUCCCGAGCAUGUCUUGGAUGUCCGUGCCCACCAUCUUCACCUUGGCCUAUCUCAUCCUAGGCAUCGACGAGAUCGGGAUCCAAAUCGAAGAACCGUUCGCCACCUUACCCCUCACGCCGCUGUGCGCCACGAUCGAGCGCGACAUGUCCAUCGUCAUCGCCGAUAUCUUCGCGAGCGACGACGCCGAUCGCGUCGCUCGCGACGUCGUCGCCGGCGACGUCGUCGCGCGGUGA